UAAAAAAAGAAGAGAAAACAGCAUUAAAUUUGCUUGCAUAUGCAGUUGAAAUUAAAAGGUUCCACAAUUUCCGUUCACAAUCAAAUCAAUGAUGAAUUAAAAAUCCACCACCACCACCACCUACUCCUCUAAAACGUCGUCGUUCUUCCAGUUUUUCAGCACUCUGCUACUCCCAUUGUAGAGUCCAAUUCCAGUGAAUUUUUAGCCAUUUUGAGUAAAAUAUAAUACUAUCUCAAUUUUGCAGUCAAAAUUCACAUAUCUGAGGAUAAAACAGUAUCUGGGUUUUGCACAAAAUUCCAUUUUGCUAUAAAAAAUUCACAUAUUCUUGAACUUUAAAGCAAAAUAGUAUCUUGGUUGUGCUCAAAAUUCAGUUGUCAGAUCACUUUCACAUAUUUUUUUUUAAGCAAAACAGUAUCUGGGUUUUGCACAAAAUUCCAUUUUGCUAUCAAAAUUCACAUAUUCUUGCACUUUAAAGCAAAAUAGUAUCUGGGUUGUGCUCAAAAUUCAGUUGUCAGAUCACUUUCACAUAUUUUUUUAAAGCAAAACAGUAUCUGGGUUUUGCACAAAAUUCCAUUUUGCUAUCGAAAUUCACAUAUUCUUGAACUUUAAAGCAAACUAGUUUCUGGGUUGUGCACAAAAUUCGAUUUUGAGACCAAUUUCACGUAACAUUUUCUGGGUUUGAGGCAAAAUUAGAUAUGGGAAAUCGAUUUAUUUGCAUGACAAAGAAGGAAAAUGAAAGGAAUGGAGUAGGGUCAAGGAGUAAAAGAAUGGAGAGAUCAAAGAGGAGGUCAUUAGUAGAAGAAGAGUUAUUGCAUAGACAAGCUUUGGCAAUGGCAAUUCAGCAGCAUCAGUUGUCUCAGAGAUUUGAGGGGUCAAUGUCUAGACGUAUUGGAUCCAGUUCUCGCCGUCGUACUGAUUUUUCUGAUCCUGCACCCAAUUCUAAGCAGCAGUUACCAGAAUUUUUGGAGAGCAUCAAGACAAAGAAGUUCGUUUUGGUACAUGGAGAAGGAUUUGGAGCUUGGUGUUGGUACAAAAAUAUUGCUCUAUUGGAGGAAACUGGAUUGCUGCCCACGGCCAUAGAUCUCACUGGAUCUGGGAUCGAGCUAACAGAUACAAAAAAUGUUACAACACUGGCGGAAUACUCAAAACCAUUGAUUGAUUAUCUGGAGAACUUGCCGGAGGAUGAAAAGGUAAUUUUGGUAGGUCACAGUGUUGGAGGUGCUUGUGUUUCCUAUGCUUUGGAGCUUUACCCACAGAAAAUUGCGAAAGCAGUAUUUACAUGUGCUACAAUGAUAUCUGAUGGACAGAGGCCUUUUGAUGUGUUUUCGGAAGAGCUUGGGUCUGCAGAGCUUUUCAUGCAGGAGUCUAAGUUUUUAAUUUAUGGGAACGGUAAAGAGAAGCCUCCUACUGGCUUCAUGUUUAAGAAGGAGCAGAUGCAUGGACUAUAUUUCAAUCAAUCUCCUGCAAAGGAUGUUGCUCUGGCGAUGGUAUCGAUGAGACCAAUUCCUCUUGGUCCAAUAAUGGAGAAGCUAUCGUUGACACCUGAAAAAUAUGGAACAAGUCGUAGAUUUUAUAUCCAGACAUUAGAUGAUCGUGCUCUUUCACCAGAUGUCCAAGAAAAGCUUGUGAGGGAAAACCCUCCUGAAGGUGUCUUCAAGAUCAAAGGCGGUGACCAUUGUCCAUUCUUUUCGAAGCCUCAGUCGCUGCAUAAAAUUUUGGUUGAGAUUGCUCAGAUUCCAUAGGAAUGUACAUAAGAAAAGAAACCAGAGGAGCUUGGUGGAUAGAGUUACCUGGUACCUGUUGCUGAUGGGAAGUGACAGGUAUCCCGUGGAAUUAGUCGAGGUGCGCGCUAGCUGGUCCGGGCACCACGGUUAUCAAAAAAGAAAAAGAAAAAAGAAAAGAAACCAGAGGAGAGCUUUUACUUCUUAGGGAAAAUAGCUUUUGUUGGUUCUUUAAGAGGCUGUACAAUCUGUUCCAUGAGGCUGUUGUUUGUAUAGAAGAAAUUUAGUUAGGUUGUCAUGUUCCAUAUCCAGUUUCAUACUCAAUUAGUUUCAUUUAUUUCUUUUAAAGAAUGAAAUACAUUUGGUUAUAGCGAUCCAACUUGUAAUUUUCUUCCAUUAUUAGUUGCUCUAUUAACACAGGUGACAAUGGCAACUGACACUAAUCAUUCUGUUGUCAUAAUUAACAGAUGAUUGACUAACAUUGUAAUCAUUGGUUCUGCUCUUUAUGUUAAGGAUCAUACUGACUUUUGGCUUGCA